CCACUGGGCCAUGAUGGGAACUCCCCAAAGCCUGCAUUUAUUGCUCUAUGUUGUUGUGUUUUUUGUUUUUUUCCUUAAAGUAGACCUGAUUAGAACCAGUUAUGCCAUCAGUAAGUGGACUGCUGACUUCCAAGAAUGGCUUUGCUGGUAGAGAUUGAUUUCAUCUGAAGCCCAGGAGCUGGUGUCACUCUGGCAUUUUAGGAUUGGGGAUCCCCUCAGUAAUUCCAUAGCCCUUAGCUGUAAAGGAGAGAGCAGAUUUAGGUUGGUCCAGGGCAGCUGGGAGGAAGCGGGCCUGUUUUUUCUGUAAUAAAGUUAAAGCUCAGAGCCAUCUCACUCCUAACAACCACCAUACUAUUAAGCAUUUAUGCUACUAGCAUUCACCCAUCUAGCACAUGAUGUGUUUUCUUGAUCCUGUAGGAAAAAAAUAUCAUCCAGGGACCAGAAUAUUUGCUCUUUCCAAAAAGCCAGCCCUUCACUCCCAAAGCUUCACCUGGGAUCUUGUGGAGCCAAAAAAUCUCAAAUUAUAUUAUGGGGGCUCCCACCUCAUAUGGAGUCCUGCACGUUCCGUUCCUCUAAGACUUGGAACGUCUGCUCUUCAGGGCAUUUGUGUUUACUGCAUGUGGGACAAGAUCAGGGUCCCACUGAGAUGCUAGGCACAGUUACUGUAAGCAGAAACCCAAAGGCUGUAGGUUUCCCACAGCAAACUCAAGUCACUGGUGUCUGUUCCAGGAGCUCACAGGUAAGCAGGAAAGGUGAAUGCAAUUCAGUGUGACAGGUGUACAUGUGAUCAGGUUGGCAGGUCCAGCUCUUGAAGACACCAAGGAGGUAUACAUGGGCGUCUUUAUUUCCCCCUGUAACUUGAUCGUUCAAAAAGCCCUAUUAGAUGGUGCUGCCCCUGGAUGGAUGCUGGGGAAGAUGAGAGAUGAAUCUGACAUGGUCCUGCCCUUAAGGACUCUCCAACUUAGUCUAAUAAUGAGCCCCAAAGCACCGCUGAUGUACAAAUAGUACAGCGACACCCUCCAGAAGAGAAGGUCUGGAAAGGAGCUCAGAGGGGAGACUAAAAGAGGUAUCAGAAUUUAAGCCUUGAGUCACUGGUUGGGUUACCUUCCCCAUACCUACAAUGUCAGUGUACCUGCCUCCUUCGGAACAGAAGGCUUUUUCUCUGAUCAGAUGCCAUGUAGAAUCUAAGUCUGUGUGACCAGGAUAUUAGGUACAAGUCGGUUCUAAAUUUGUAAUUCUCAGAAUUUGCUGAGGAAGGGCAUGUGCUUCUCUGGGUUCUGAAAACAGCUCAAAGGACAGAGAAAACAGACCCGAUUUGGGGAUGACUUAUUGUCAGUUCCCGGAACCUUCGCCUUUAUUUAAAACAGUCUGUUCAGUGCGAGUUCUCUCAGUCUAAAAGGCCUUUGGGAUUUGAAAGCUUUUCUGGAAAUAAAUGCCUUUUAGGUUUAAAUGCCUUUUGCCAAAAAUGUUAAGAAGGAGAGAUUGUGACAAGUCUUAGAACAGAGGCAGCAAUGUUUUUUUGUUUCUUUUAAUGAAAUGCCUCAGACCCACCCCAGGUUCUGUUUGUGUCUGUAGGCUUUCUGCUCCAGCUAUUAUUUUGAUAAGGGACAUGAAAGGACAUCCUUCCCUCAUGGUCAUUAAAGUCUUAGCACUUGGGUCAGUUGUGGAAAUACUUCUGUGCUACACCGAGUCUUCAAAACCAAAAUAGUCCCCGCCCAGGCUCUGGGCAGAGGCCCCAGGUCAGUUCAUGGAAGGUGGCACCACCGGGCUGUGACAGGGGAGCAGGAGGUCAGGAUCCACAGACGAGGCCAGAUGAAAUCACCAGCGCUGGGCGCAGGGAGGUGGAGGGAGCCGAGCCCUCCCUGCCUGGCUGGCAGCUCCAGCCAAGUCCUCAGAGCUCAUCCCACACACCCCGUGCUAGUCACUGCUGUGUGUUUACAUGAGUAAUGGAGCUGCCGGGGGAGGGGAGUUGUAAGCAGAGCGCCGAGCCUCACAGCUCGCAUUCGGAGGGAAGCUGACAUCCACACCAAGUCCGGCUGUGACUUCCAGGGACGGGAAGCAGUCACAUGCUGUAGCUUUCAUGAGCCCGGGCAGUGUCAAGCAGAUGUUUGUCGACUGGAAUGGCGCCAAAUCUUAAAGGCAGACCACGCAAAAAGAAACCAUGCCCGCAGAGGAGAGAUUCAUUCAGUGGCAGCAAAGAUUCCAACAACAAUUCUGAUGGCAAAGCCGUUGCCAAGGUGAAAUGUGAGGCCAGGUCAGCCUUGACCAAGCCGAAGAAUAACCAUAAUAACUGUAAAAAAGUCUCCAAUGAAGAAAAACCAAAGGUUGCCAUCGGUGAAGAGUGCAGGGCAGAUGAACAGGCCUUCCUGGUGGCACUUUAUAAAUACAUGAAAGACAGAAAGACACCAAUAGAACGAAUACCCUAUUUAGGUUUCAAACAGAUUAACCUUUGGACUAUGUUUCAAGCUGCUCAAAAACUGGGAGGAUAUGAAACAAUAACAGCGCGCCGUCAAUGGAAACAUAUUUAUGAUGAAUUAGGCGGUAAUCCGGGGAGCACCAGCGCUGCCACUUGUACCCGCCGACAUUAUGAAAGAUUAAUCCUGCCGUAUGAAAGGUUUAUUAAAGGAGAGGAAGAUAAGCCCCUGCCUCCAAUCAAACCUCGAAAACAGGAGAACAGUUCACAGGAAAAUGAGAAUAAAACAAAAGUAGCAGGAGCCAAACGCAUCAAACAUGAAAUCUCUAAGAGCAAGAAAGAGAAAGAAAAUGCCCCAAAGCCCCAGGAUGCAUCGGAGGUUUCAUUGGAGCAAGAGAAGGAACAAGAGACUUUAAACCAGAAAAGCAUCACUGAGCCUGUCCCCGCAGCAGACACAAAGAAGAAAAUGGAAGGGUACCAGGAUUUUGCAGCAAGGCCCCUGGUGUCACGAACAGACCCUGAAAAGGGCAGCGAAACAGAUCGAGGUGCCAAGGGCCAGAAGGCAGCUGAGGAGGCCGGAGACAAGGGGCCUGCUCCUCCACCCGCAAGCGCCCCUCCAGCCACUGAACGGGAUCCAGCCCUGGUCCCCGGGGCUGGCAAGCCGACGCUCACCUCUCCCAGUGCGCUUGUGGACUCAAAACAAGAACCCAAGUCCUGCUGUUUUACAGAGAGCCCUGAGAACGAACUCCAAGAAGCAGCCUUCCCCAGCUUCCCCACCCCGCAGCCGCCGCUGGCAAACCAGAGUGAGGUGGAGGAGGACAAGCUCCCCGCCAUGGCGGAUUACAUCGCCAACUGCACUGUGAAGGUGGACCAGCUAGGCAGUGACGACAUCCACAAUGCCCUCAAGCAGACCCCGAAGGUCCUUGUGGUCCAGUCCUUCGACAUGUUCAAAGACAAAGAUCUGACUGGCCCCAUGAAUGAGAACCACGGACUUAAUUACACCCCCCUGCUCUACUCAAGGGGCAACCCAGGUAUCAUGUCUCCACUGGCCAAGAAAAAACUUCUGUCCCAAGUGAGCGGGGCCGGCCUCUCCAGCAGCUAUCCCUACGGCUCCCCACCCCCUCUGAUCAGCAAAAAGAAACUGAUUGCGAGGGAUGACCGGUGUUCGGGUUUGUCCCAGGCCCACCACAGCCAAAGCACUGACCACACAGCAGUCAGCCGGCCGUCGGUGAUUCAGCAUGUCCAGAGUUUCCGAAGCAAGCCCUCGGAGGAGAGAAAGAGCAUCAAUGACAUUUUCAAGCAUGACAAACUGAGUCGGUCGGAGCCCCACCGCUGCAGCUUCUCCAAGCAUCACCUUAGCCCCCUGGCCGACUCCUACGUCCUAAAGCAGGAAAUGCAGGAGGGCAAGGAGAAGCUGCUGGAGAAGAGGGCCCUUCCCCACUCCCACAUGCCUAGCUUCCUAGCCGACUUCUACUCAUCUCCUCAUCUCCACAGCCUCUACAGACACACGGAACACCACCUUCAUGGUGAACAGCCAGCCAAAUACCCUUGCAGGGACAUGUACAGGGAAUCAGAAAACAGCUCUUUCCCUUCCCACAAACACCAAGAGAAGCUCCAUGUCAACUAUCUGGCAUCUUUGCACCUGCAAGACAAAAAGUCGGCAACGGCUGAAGCCCCCACUGAUGACCAGCCAACGGAUCUGAGCCUCCCCAAGAACCCGCACAAACCCACAGGCAAGGCCCUGGGCCUGGUGCAUUCGGCACCUGGGCCCCAGGAGAGCAAGGGCACCUCCCAGUUCCCAGUCAUCAACAGCCAGAGUCGAGACUGUCACCCCAAAGCCUGCCGGGUAUCGCCCAUGACCAUGUCGGCCCCUAAAAAAUACCCUGAGGCGCUUUCCAGAUCGGGAAAGCCUCACCCUGUGAGACUGGAGAGUUUCAGGAAGAUGGAAAGCAUGGCCCACCCCCUUCUGCACCGGAAAGUGAGCCCCCAGAACAUUGGUGCUGCACGGCCCAUCAAGCGCAGCCUGGAGGAUUUGGACCUGGUGAUCGCUGGGAAGAAGGCCCGGGCCGUGUCCCCUCUGGACCCCUCCAAGGAGGUCUCCGGGAAGGAGAAGGGUCCUGAGCAGGAGAGCGAGGGCAGCAAGGCCGCACAUGGCGGGCACUCAGGGGGCGCCUCGGAGGGCCCCAAACUGCCCCUCUCCUCCCCUAUCUUCCCAGGUUUGUAUUCUGGGAGCCUGUGUAACUCGGGCCUCAACUCCAGGCUCCCGGCUGGGUAUUCUCAUUCUCUGCAGUACUUGAAAAACCAGACUGUGCUUUCUCCACUCAUGCAGCCCCUGGCUUUCCACUCGCUUGUGAUGCAAAGAGGCAUUUUUACGUCACCAACAAAUUCUCAGCAGUUAUACAGACACUUGGCUGCGGCCACACCUGUAGGAAGUUCGUACGGGGACCUUUUGCACAACAGCAUUUACCCUUUAGCUGCUAUAAACCCUCAAGCUGCCUUUCCAUCUUCUCAGCUGUCGUCCGUACACCCCAGUACAAAACUGUAAGCCCAGCUCUGCACCGCGUCCCAGAUGGCAUGGCUAGCAGAGCUUCACUCCCUAGCCUGGGGGUGAGGGCUUAUAGAAUUAGAAGUCAGGAUGUCUUCUAAUCCGGGGGUAAGGUCAGUCGCGGCCGGCAGGGCCCAGAGGGAGGUGAAUGCACCUGCUAUUUCUGGGAUGACUCUAGCCUCGGCUGGUCAGUCUUGAGCUCCUUCCGACACAGAUGCCCUUGCAGCCCAGACGGUUCACUUUGCACGGGGGUCUUCUGAAGGGACUUGUGUGUGUCCAGGAAGAAUUUGGAGGACCCCGUCUGAGUUCCAAUGGUCAGGAAACAGUUUGGGCCAAAAAGGGCAGACAUUUCAGAGAAAGGGGCGUGGACAGUGGGCACAUGUGCCAAGGGACGUCCCUUCUGCAUAAAACUCUCCAAGGUUCAAUCAAUGCAAUGUAUAGUGAAACUCAAUAGAUCUUUCAUUUUGACACUAUUAAACAAUCCAGAGAAGUAAACACUGUUAAAUUGACUGUAUAUAUUUGCUUCUUAAAACUACCCGUAUCACUGUUUGCUCACCUAAUUUAUACACAGGUAGUCCCAUUUUCUCCCCUCUCGUCUUUUUUUUUUUUUUUUUUUUUUAAUUAAACAGUAUCGCUUUUGUUUGCAGGUCUUUUGUUUUUGUUUUGUUUUUAUUUUGUUUUGCUUUGUUUUAAAGGCUGACUGUCCUAGUUGUUGAUGUGUGUUUGUAAUGUUUCCACAUAUUAUCAUUUUGAGCAGCUUUGGGUGGUAAUGUUAUUGUUUACAAAUUGAAGCAACUGAUUCUAGUGGAACAAAUGAAAAAAGAAACAGUUGAGCACACAGUAGUGCAAAGAACGGUCCUUUGCAAAACUGCAACUUAAGGAUUUUGUUCCUCAUAAACGGCAUAGUUGAAAGAGCUUAUACACUGCUUACCCAGCCAAACGCUUUGCUUUGAAGUAUGGGGUUAUGUGAAAAUAUCAAGCAUUGUACUUACCUUAUCUAGGCUGUGAAACUGUCCUACAUACCAGAGGAAUCAUAAAAACAAAAACCUCAUUGGCAGCAAGCUGCUGAAUAACAACAGAGUCUAGAGGACAUAUUUGUGGGCUGCACAGAUAUUUUAGGAAUUUCAGAAAUUAGAACAGGAGCCAGAAUGAUUUACAUUGCUGUUGGCACCGAUCCCUUUAAACAGUCUGGGAAAGGGGGCUGGGAAGAGGAUGAAGCUCCACUCUCCUGAAGAAAAUGACCAGCUGGAGGCCCAGGCACCAGAUUCCUGCCCUGGGCCGUGGUCUUUCGAGUAAUAGGUAGUCACAUUGCCUUCAUCAAGUUGGCUUCUUGUUGUUCCCAAGAAGAACCUCACAGGCCACAUCUUUGGGGAUAGUUGGUAUACUGGAUUACCCAUUUCAAAAGAAAGUCGUCCUCUUGGGGUUUACGGGGUACGAGUUUUGUGUGUACGCACACACAUGUGGUAGUUUGUGUCCUGUUUUAACUACCUGCCAGUACAGUCCACUUAAUGAUUUUUUUUUUAUUGUUGGAAAGAAAUGGUCAAGCUGUUUAAGCAGUCAAAAGAUGUCGAGAAUGUAUAUUGUCAUUCUUGCCACUUUAUUCUCUUUGCUGCCGAGAGGUAACAUCAAGGUGGAUGCGCUUUCUAAGUGUGUUAAAAGUUGAUUGACACAGAGAGUGGAUUUUCCUUCCAGGUCCCAUCCCUGCUGAUAACUGCUUUGAUGAACUCCCAGCUAACCCUCCCCUGCCCUGACACUACCGGUAGACAGUAGAAUCAUAGUUAACCAAGUCCUUUACCUCUGAGAUAUUUAAUUCUCUGAAAAUUGAUGACAAUUUUCAACUUCUAAAUAGGUAACUCAACUGCAAAAUAAUCAAAACUGGUAAACAAUGAAACUGUGGCUCUUAAACCAAGCCAUGCAUGCCGUGCAUUUGUACUGAAAUGUCUCCAUGAUACUGAAGCCAAAUAUCCAAUGUAACAUACUUAAUAUCCAAAGUUGGAAACAAAAGAAUGUAGAGAUCUAGUGUUAAGAGUUCCAUUUGCUUCAAUUAAUUAUUUACCUUCCUGUGGAAUAAUAUAUAUAUAUAUAUUUAAUAGAACCAUAGAUAGACUAGUAGAAUUUAGAUUAUAAAUGUGUGAAUGCAGAUUAUCCUGCUAUUGCACAAGAUUGGGGGGGGGUGGAAUCUCAAUCCCAGCUGGCAAAUUGCUGGCCAGGACACAUAGAAGAAAGUUGCACUAGAUUGAAUGGUCACAGAAUCAGAGGACAUGGAAGAAAAAGGAAACUCCAGUGUUUCUGCAGCUGACAUGGGCUAUACCCUACAUGGUUUUUAUGAGUUCACUUUUCAAAGAAAAUGGGGGUGUCUGUCCCUGGCGGAGCUCACCUAUCCAUUUCAAAUAUGGGGCAUUUGUUUUCCCCACCACAAUGAUUUCACUCUGGUUUCAUCAUGUUGGAAUUUGAUCACACCAUUUUCAAACAAUGUUAACAUAGUCCAGCUUUUGUUUUUCUCAUCUCUUCCGAGAGGAGACUCACUUUCUGUCUGAGGAAGCUCAUACCCUCGGUAAAACAUCAGGACAAAUAAAGAGAAAUGGGGGUAUGCAUUCCCAACAGAAGCAGUGUGUUAUUUGUUUUAAAACUCUGAACAGAGAUCUUGGACAUCUUUCAAAAAGACCAUUGAAUUCUUCGUUGGCUGAGAACUACAUUUUAAAAAGUCUUAAAUAGGGCUUUGUUUGCAUUGUUUGAGUUUAAGGGGCCUUAUUAUUGAAUGGAUUGCACAAGCCUUUCUUUGUGCAAUCAAACCAUUGUUAUUGGGAGUCUGUAAAGGAAACAGUGGAAUCUAAUUGGCAAUGAAGUUAUAAAUCUAUUUACUGAGUGUGGCUUCCAAGAAAUGUUGCAAUUCAAAAUGCACUAAGUCCGUGAUUUACUGGAGAUUUGGAGAUUCUCAAUAAUAUUUUUCAAAAACCUUUCCAUGCAACUUCUGGUUUAACUUUUGGCAACUCAACAUUAAAGAAAAAAAAAAAAAAAAAAAAAAAAAAAAAGCCCAACCAAGUUUCAGAAUUAAGUAUUCUCCUAGUAGAUGAUUGGAACUUGUAAUAUUUGCCACAGGACUGACUUAUUUAUUUAUGAGCUUGAAGCUCUUAAGUUCACUUGUUUAUCAGGGCAUAUACAAAGGGUUUGUUAAGACUCAACGUUGACUUUACAACUUUCUGACCUGGUGCAUGAAUUCUCAAGUACUGUAUUUCACUGUGUUGGUGUGUCUGAUGGAAAUUUCGAGGUGAUCCCACAAAGAUAUUUUAUGUAGUGUGCCUUCAAAGAGAACCAUUUAUUUCUCUUCACUUGUUGUCCCACAAAGUCACAUUGGGUGGUGGUCAGCCAAGUCCCAGCUGGUCCAGUUUUACUCUUGUUCCAGUUUUGAAGAAAAAUGGGAACAAGUCCGCCCUGGUGAGACCCACACCAUUGCAAUGAUUAUCUUGAGCACUUCAAUUCCAGUGUUGGCUGUUGAUGUAUUUGAUAGUCUGCUUGUCUCCCCAUGGUUGAAAUAUGUCUGAAGAAUAGCAGCAUAAUCUCCUGGCUGUUUAUACUUUUUUAAACUUUCCUGUGUUGUAAAUAUUGUAUACUUUUGGUGAUUCCAGCUAUGUAACCUCUAUGCUCUGUAAGGUGAUUAUUUGUAUAUAGCAACAUGGCCCAGUGAUAUUAUAUAGUUUCCCAAUGGAGAGGUUAUUGAGUAACCUCUGCAUUAGUUUAAACACUACCAGAAGAAUGCUGAGCCAACUAUAAACACUCGAUUUUGUAUGUUUUCCAAAUUGUACUUAUUACUGCUUUUGAUACUGUAUUAUGUGCCAAUAGUUUCCCAAUCACAUAGCAGGCAAGAGAUAUUUUGUACUUUUUGAUCCACUGUAAUAUUUAAUAAAAAAUGUUACUAUCUGUU